AUUUGUAGAUUUUAUCUGAUAAUAAUAUAAAAUGGGAUGCGAUGGAGGUACCAUACCAAAACGUGAUGAGCUUGUAAGAGUUAAGCAAAAGCCGGAACAGAAAGACAAAGAUGCAGAACGUGAGUUUCGGUGGCUGCACUGUGCGCUGACCCAGCAGCGUUUGGAGGAGCCCAUUGCGAUGUGCUCUAUGGGACGUCUCUACUCCAAACAAAGUGUCAUCGAACGUUUGCUGGAGAAAGAGAAAAUGCCCGAGGGCUCAGCGCACAUACGCAGUCUGAAGGACAUCAAGACGCUGCAAUUGACUCCAAAUCCUGCAUUCACGGAUGAGGACAAGACCGAGGGUCUGCUGGACACACGCCAUGCGCCCUAUAUAUGUAAACUAAUAGGCCUGGAGAUGUCGGGCAAGUUUCGUUUCGUGGCGCUAUGGACCUGCGGCUGUGUCAUGUCAGAGCGUGCCCUGAAACAACUUAAAGGCAGCAUGGCCAGUUCUUGUCCACUUUGCCAGGUGCCCUACAGUGUGGAAGAUGUAAUUGUGCUGAAUGGCAAUGAUGAGGAUCUGGAGCUAAUGAAAGUCAAGAGUGAAAUGCGUGAGGCCAAACGCAAGUCUGCCAAGAAGGAUAAGAAAAACUCAAAGAAAACUGAAACAGAAACGAGCGUCAAGGCAGAACCAAAAGAUGAACCCGCCUCCACUUCCAAAGGAGUAGAAAAACCCCCUACCACCAGCAGCAGCAGCACCAGCCACAAGCUGAAAAUUGUGGCCAAUCCCAAACGUCUGGGCGCCGUCAAUGCUAUGCAAGACCCAGAAUUGAAGCGUCUUAAAACAGAUUUUAGCGUUGCGAAGGAUCCGAAGGCUACCGAUGUGUACAAAUCUCUGUUCACCAGCCACAAAACUGAUAAGGAACAGGAGCGCGCUCACUGGAUCACCUACAAUCCGUUCUACAAUUAAUGGCAGAGAUGUCUCCAACCUGAUUUGACAAGGGAGAACUCGCCCACUGGAUCGGCUACAAUUUGUUUGUAAUUUAGAAUUCUAUAUAGACUUAAGAUCUGAGUUCAGUUUGCUGUACGCUUUCAAUCACAAUAUCCUCAAAGUAAAAACAGAAACAGUAGGUACUGUUUCAGUUUAGUAUA